AUGGCGAAGAAGGGUGGAAAGAAGAACAAUAAAAGCAAAAACAAGGGAGGCGCCGCUUCCAAGCUCCCUGAUGUGAAGAACAUUGUAAGCCCGGCCCACCAAGAAGAAGACAAGCUUCUCUACGGCGAGGGAACUGCCCAGGACAAAACCGCUACCGCCGUCGCGCCCACCACACUUAAUGCCCCUGCAGCCGCUUCUGGAUCUGUAGCAUCGCCUGAACAAGAUGUCUCGACUGUGCCUGCAGAUCAAUUGAAGGAGCAGAUGAGCGAGCCCAAGCCGGCGGCCGAGUUGCAUGCGAAGCAGGAUGAGAGGACUCUUCCGGUGCGUGAAAAAGGUGUUGCACCAACGACGGAACAGCCCGCUGCUGCAAAGACCGAAGGACUAGCCGCCGCCAAGCCGACAGAAUCAAAAGAAGAAGCCAAGAAGGUUGAAGAAGAGAAAGCCAAGGAACAACCGACUGCAGUUUAUAGCGGUGUGAGCAAGGAGACUCUAUCGGCAGAGAAGAAGCAGGACAAGAGUGCGCUCGAGACAGGCGCAGCCGGCGCUGUGGCAGAAGUGACCGGCGAGAAGGCCCAGAAAGCUCCAGCACAUACUGAUAUAGAUGCUACUGAGCCAGAGAAAGCAAAAGUCUUGGGCGAGGCUGAAAGCAAGCCGGUCGGCGCUGUGUCAGCGUUGGACGGCUCGAAAGCAACCAAUAAAGAGGCUGUUGAUACUCCCCUGGUCGCACCCCAUGUCAAACGCACGCACGAAGAUCCCAUCUUCGUGACCCAGGACCAGUCCCAGCCGCCCAAGAAGCCUCGGGUUGACGAGUCCGACACGUCUGCCUCCCAGGUCCAGCCUGCGAUUCCUGGACGCUACCCCAGCCCAUCAGUGGCAGGAUCAACCGUGUCUGGCGCAGACAGUGGCAUUAUUACCGGAGCUAAAGAUGUUUCUAAGCCUGAUGCUGCCGCAACAGGGGAAAAGACUGAGGCGUCUAAAGCUUCCAAUGACAAACUGGGCAAUCUGACCGGCGAGAAGACGACGGGGCAACAGGAAGGUGUGAGCACGGCCAAAGAGACUGCUCCAGCACCGGCUGCUCAGGCACCGCCCUCUGGAAAACACACUGAAACACCGCUUACGUCGCAGAACGCGGAGCCACGGGCACGGCCAGUGAACCCUGCGGCAGCGAUGCCCGCUCAGCCCAAGCCCGUGGCCAAACCGGGACAACCGUCGCAGGAGCCACAGGAGGCUCGACUUACCGAUAAGGCGAACGAGGACAUCCAACCCACGGCGGCGCAGAAAGAAGCCAAGAAGGGCGGGUUUAUGUCAUGGAUCAAGCGCAAGUUCAAGAGCGAGAAGGGGACUGCAUGA